AUCGCACUUCUACUUUGACAACGAUAUUGGUAUCAUACAACACUUCCAAAAGAGGAAUAAACUACUAUCCUAAGCCUCAUAGCAAACGACACCGGCCAACUUUUAAGAAAUUUACGUUACCGCUUCCUACGUCCAUUAAAUAGGCACACUCAAAUACUAUUUUCUCUUACGAAUAUUGAAUUCCUCAAAACAAUUUAUUAUUCAAACUUACUGUUGUUUAAAAAAAAAAAUUGAUCACCGUUUUCAACGUCUUCGCAUUAUAAAAUAAACAAAACAUAACUUAACUUUUCAGAAACUUCAAAACUCCCAAUUUUAAUUGAACUAGACUUUUAUUAAACAUGUAAUCCGCGCGAAGCGCGGACACUGACCCUAGUAUACUUAGUGAAAACAACGUCAACUUUCCACCAUUUUCUCAUGGAAAAGGAUAAACUCAAAGUGAAAUCCAAAUUUAACACUUCUAGUUUCCAACAUAAUAGGAAUAUUAAUGUGAAAUUGAAAAAUAAAAUAGGAUUUUGACUGUAAGCAAAGAAUAGAAUAAAGGAAAAGAUUCCUUCCGCUAGUUGUAGGGAGGGAGGUAAGACCAAGAACAUUAUAUUCAUUUGAUUUUGUUUACUUUAUACUAGCAUUCUUGUAUUUUAAUUUAUAAGUUUUUUAGUUAAAAACUGCAUAUUAAAAUAUUUUGUUUUUAAUAUUCCUAUAUAAAAUAUUUUAUUUAGUUUUGAAUUUAAUUAAGUACUUAAUUAUUUAUUUUUGUAUUGGGUUUUGAAAAUAAUUUAGUUCCCACCUCCCCCCCCCCCAAAGAAAAUAACAAAAAUAGAGGAUAUAUUAUUAUUGUUGUUUGGCACUUUACAAAUAUUAGAAGAAAAUAUGAAAAUAAAUUAAAAUUGUAGUUGGUAGAUCUUGGAAUUGAGCAAACAGUGCGAAUCCCAAUAACAAAGCAUUUGAUGCCUUUCUUCUACCACGCUUUUAAAUUCCCAAAAUUUUAUCAACUAGGUCUUUAAUGAGCAACUAGUCUCCUCGUUGUCAAAAGUCGAAACUAUUUGAUUAGAUUCAUGGUAUUUUUUUUCUUGCUUAUAUGCAAAAUUUACCUUAGCAUCCCAAUAAUUGUGGAAUAAACAUAUUUGCUCGUACAAUGCUUCAAUUAUAUCCGAUAUCAGGGUUUCCAAAAAUUGCAACUAAUAUAUGCUAAAUUCUAAGGAAGCACUAGAACACUGGUCCAAGAUCUGGGCCGUUCAUAUAACACCCAUCUUUUCUUAAUCACUCUUUACCAUAAUUGAUUUUCUAAGCAUCAUUAAUGUUUGAUUCGUACAAGCCAAAUCACCAAAGAUUCCCGAGUUAACAUAAGCAGACGCCACACGACACCAUUCUUCCUCUAGACAGAAAAGAAUAACACAACACACUCGUACAGGCUUCGUCUUGCCUCGUCUUCAAAACAUGUACACGUAUGUAGGUAUAAAUGCAUAUGUUUAAACCCUAAUCCAAAUAAAAGACUAAAUUUCACGUUAAAACAUGGCAUCUAAUCCGUAUCGUCCGAGAGUCAUUGUAAAUGGAACAAGAAGAACAAGAACGUUCCACUACUUCUACUGCCGUCAUUGUAGCCGUACCAUAAGGCUCCGAAACUAUGGUCUAUAUGGUUCUUUAUGUCCUUUCUGCUCUAGAGAGAUCAAUCUCCACGACGAGCUUGACAUUAUGAGGCUUAACCGAUCUUUUUGGGAUACCGAUACCGAUUGGAUCACUCUCCAUCUUAUCAACUCAUCAAGAAGUAACCGGUUUAACCAUGAACUAGUUAAUGAUACCGAUGACGACUUCGUUGAUGCCAUGCCUAGCGAACGUGUUGGUCCACCACCGGCCUCUUUAUCGGCCAUCGAAGAUUUAAAGACGGUGACAAUCACGGAAGAAGAUUUGGCAAAAGAGAAGGUUUGUGCGAUAUGCAAAGAGGAGUUUGAAGUUGGAGAGGAAGGCAAAGAGUUGAAAUGUUUGCAUUUGUACCAUACGAGCUGCAUUGUGUCUUGGUUGAAUAUUCAUAAUACUUGUCCCAUUUGUCGCUUUGAGGUUCGCUUAGGCGUUUCGGGAAGUGACAUUGACGGAGGAGGGUCUCGCCAUGUCGACCAUGAUAGAUCAAAUCGGUCGUCUGGGCCUAGGGUUUGUUCUUUGUGGCCUCUCCGAGUGAUGUUUGAUUGGGUACAUAGUCUUUUCGUUAAGAUUCCUCCUCCUGAUCUAACUUUCAUGGCUAUACUAUUAUGCUUUCAUGUUUUUUAAUCAUACAUAUUAAUUCCUAAGAAUAAACUUAUAAGAAUAACGAACAACUGACAUAAAUUUAAAAGAAUUGCAUACAAGGUUAAUAUUGUAUUUAAGUAGGAAUUACAAACUAUUAUGAGAGAAAGGCGAAGAGCGGCGUUUGAACAUUUUGCAAAACAAAGCUUGGCUUGAACAUGUUUAUGUAAUAAUAAUCGAAUGACCAUUAUCUUUGAUUCAUUUGCAAGUUGUAACUGGAAUAAAUAAAAAUCGUGUUGAUAAUUAA